AACCCAGGCUUGAAAUCAUCACCUUCAACCAAACUUUUCCCUCAAAACCCAAACUCUCUCUCCUCUUUCCCAAGAACAAAAAUUGACAUUCUAUUCAAUCAUUUGUCUUCCAAGAAAAAACCUUUCUUUUUUUGUUUGUUCCUUUGAGAGAGAUAGAGAGAGGGAGAGGGGGGAAUUGCUCAAUACUUCUCCCUCCUUUUCUUCUCCAUCAUCUCUUCCUCUUGGGGUUUCUUUAUCUACAUAUGGUUAAAAGAGGGCUUAGGUGAUACUAUUGAAGAAAAACUUGUGGGUUUUGAGUUUUAUUUUUGAGGAGCUAAUAAGAUGCUUGGUUGUGAAUGUCUUUGUUGGCAUAAACAUGCUGAUUUUGAAUUGCCUUUGCUUCAGCCUCAGCCUUUUUCUUUGCCUUCUCCUAUUCCAGAAUGGCCUGUAGGUCAAGGAUUUGCUACUGGAAAAAUUAACCUAGGAGAAUUAGAAGUGGUUAAAACCACCGAGUUCGAGAGUGUAUGGAGCUGCAGCUUAUUGGAUGGGAAAGGGAAAGGUGUCACAUUUUAUAGACCUGUGGGGAUUCCAGAUGGAUUCUUCUGUCUUGGAUAUUAUUGCCAGCCAAAUGAUCAGCCGUUGAGAGGGUAUGUUCUUGCGGCUCGGGAGAGGGAACCUUUGAGUCCCGAAGUUUAUUGUGAUUACGAGUCCGAUACGGACUUUCCUGCAUUAAGGAAGCCUGUUAAUUACUCCUUGAUUUGGAGUACGGAUUAUGGUAAUGAUUGUGGUUUCUUCUGGCUGCCGAACCCACCUUUGGGAUACAAAGCGAUGGGAAUUGUGGUUACCGACACCCCGGAUGAACCUAAUGUGGAGGAAGUUAGAUGUGUCCGAGAAGAUCUUACCAAGACUUGUGAGAUUAUGGACACCUUGCUUGCCACCGAUGCCAACACAUUUCAGGUUUGGACCACGAGACCUUGCAAAAGGGGUAUGUUCUGCAAAGGUGUUUCCGUAGGUACAUUCUUCUGCUGCACGUACUUCGUUUCCGAAGAUCAAGAGUUGGAGAUUGCAUGCUUGAAGAAUCUCGAUCCUUCAUUACAUGCGAUGCCGAAUCUGGACCAAAUCCACGCCCUCAUCAAGCAAUAUGGUGCAACGGUUUUCUUUCAUCCCACUGAAGAUUGUAUGCCGUCAUCGGUGGAAUGGUUUUUUAAAAACGGGGCACUUUUGUUCAAAGAUGGAAAGCUUAAAGGUGAACCUAUUGAUUAUUUGGGCUCUAACUUGCCUAGUGGAGGGACAAAUGAUGGUGCAUUUUGGAUAGAUUUACCUAAGGAUGAUAAUGCAAGACAAAAUGUUAAAAAUGGAAACUUGGAAAGUGCAGAGCUCUAUGUUCAUGUAAAACCAGCAUUGGGCGGAACAUUUACUGAUAUCGUCAUGUGGGUAUUUUGUCCCUUCAAUGGACCAGCCAACCUUAAGAUCGGGUUAAUGAGUAUACAGAUGAACAAAAUCGGGGAACAUGUAGGCGACUGGGAGCACUUCACCCUUCGGAUAAGUAACUUCACAGGAGAACUAUGGAAAGUGUAUUUUUCACAGCAUAGUGGCGGUGAGUGGGUUGAUGCUUUCAACUUGGAAUACAUUGAAGGUAAUAAGCCAAUUGUUUACUCGUCGAAACACGGGCAUGCAAGUUUUCCGCAUCCGGGUACUUACCUUCAAGGGGCGGCUAAACUCGGAAUAGGAAUUACGAAUGAUGCUGCUCGAAGCAAAUAUUUUGUGGAUUCGAGCACUAGGUACCAGAUUGUUGCAGCAGAGUACCUCGGAGAUGGGGUAGUUACAGAACCGUGUUGGUUGCAGUACAUGAGAGAAUGGGGUCCAACCAUAGUAUACGAUUCAAGAUCCGAACUGGAUAAGAUCAUUAGCCUCCUUCCAUUGUUGGUUCGAUUUUCGGUGGAGAACAUCUUUGACCUGUUUCCAACGGCACUGUACGGCGAGGAGGGGCCAACCGGACCAAAGGAGAAGGAUAAUUGGCUAGGAGAUGAAAGAAGUUAGCUUCUGAACUCGAUACCUUGCAUUCGAGUAUACAAAUCAUACUGGUUAAUCGUUGUGUUGUAUUCUUAGACCUGCGAAAGACUUAUUAUUUCACUGUGUUAGAUUGGUAGAACCGGUGACCGGAUUCCUUCUUCCAGAACAAAGGAUGCACUCAUGCUACUGGCACAAUUUGGUAUGCAUCUAAGCAUGCAUUUCUUGUGCUAUAGUAUACAAAUUCUUUUGAGGUGAAUAGAAAAGUAACUUCUGAUGCAACCGGAGCUUGAGCUGCAUGUUGAUAAAGAAUUGGAGUUGUAUAAAAUUCUUGUGUUUGGCAUUCAUUCUUAAAUAUAGUUAUGAUUAAAGCUUCUGUAC